AGACAAUAGAAGGUGGUUUAUGUUUAUCCGCCUCCACUUGGAUAUCUCCGUCCUCUGUCCCAAAUAACAAACUAAACUGCUCCAAACCAAACACAAUAAUCAACAUAACUCAUUUUCGCAGAUCUUUCUGUUCCUUCAAAAUGCAAUCUUCCAUUUCACUCUCUUCUUCCUACGCUCCCACCAUUUCGGGACCACGCCACUCUUUUCCCCUCUCCGGUCGCACUCUCGCGCCUUCGAAUCUCCGUUUCUGCGGCCUCCGGCGACAGGCAUUCACUUCCACUCCCCUCAACCACCACUUCCGCCUCCGCCGACGCCGCCUCCCGCAUUCCGCCGCGGUAUCCGCCGCGCUUUCCGCCAACGGUACCUCUCCCAAGUCGUUCGACUACGACUUGCUCAUCAUCGGCGCCGGCGUUGGCGGCCACGGCGCCGCGCUCCACGCCGUCGAGAAGGGUUUGAAAACGGCCAUUGUUGAGGGAGACGUGGUUGGAGGGACAUGUGUGAACAGAGGAUGUGUUCCUUCUAAGGCUCUUUUGGCUGUGAGUGGUCGAAUGCGAGAGCUGCGGAAUGAUCAUCACUUGAAGUCGCUGGGUUUGCAGGUUUCUGCUGCUGAGUAUGACAGACAAGCAGUUGCUGACCAUGCUAAUAAUCUUGCUUCGAAAAUUCGUGGCAACUUGACCAACUCCUUAAAAGCACUUGGAGUGGACAUUCUCACUGGUUUUGGAACUAUUUUAGGUCCUCAAAAAGUGAAAGUUGUCUCUUCCAACAAUGUGGUGACUGCCAAAGACAUCAUCAUUGCCACUGGUUCAGUUCCUUUUGUUCCAAAGGGCAUUGAGGUUGAUGGAAAGACUGUGAUUACCAGUGACCAUGCACUCAAACUGGAGACUGUUCCUGAUUGGAUAGCAAUUGUAGGAAGUGGUUAUAUUGGCCUUGAAUUCAGUGAUGUAUAUACGGCCCUUGGAAGUGAGGUUACUUUUAUUGAAGCUUUAGACCAGCUCAUGCCUGGAUUUGAUCCUGAAAUUAGCAAGUUGGCUCAGAGGGUUCUCAUAAAUCCCCGGAAUAUUGACUAUCAUACUGGAGUUUUUGCAUCCAAGAUCACUCCUGCAAGAGACGGAAAACCUGUCACAAUUGAGCUCAUUGAUGCAAAGACCAAGGAACAGAAGGACACUUUAGAGGUGGAUGCUGCACUAAUAGCAACAGGAAGGGCUCCAUUCACACAAGGUCUUGGAUUGGAGAAUAUUGAUGUUGUAACGCAGCGUGGUUUUGUUCCUGUCGAUGAGCGCAUGAGAGUACUUGAUGCAAAUGGAAACCUGGUUCCUCAUUUGUAUUGUAUUGGUGAUGCAAAUGGCAAGAUGAUGCUUGCUCAUGCUGCCAGCGCACAAGGAAUUUCAGUGGUUGAACAAGUGACCGGAAGAGAUCACGUGCUCAAUCAUUUAAGCAUACCAGCUGCUUGUUUCACUCAUCCUGAAAUCAGCAUGGUUGGAUUGACAGAGCCUCAAGCAAGGGAGAAAGCUGAAAAGGAGGGUUUUGAAGUAAGUGUUGCCAAAACAAGUUUUAAAGCUAACACAAAGGCCUUAGCUGAAAACGAAGGGGAGGGUCUUGCCAAGUUGAUAUACAGGCCUGACACUGGAGAGAUACUGGGAGUUCAUAUAUUUGGGUUGCAUGCUGCUGAUCUCAUCCACGAGGCAUCCAAUGCAAUAGCAUUAGGAACACGUAUUCAGGAUAUAAAAUUUGCAGUACAUGCUCAUCCAACUUUGUCUGAGGUGCUUGAUGAGCUAUUUAAGUCAGCAAAGGUUAAAGCAGAAGCUUCUGAGCCAAUAAAGGAAGCUGUUGCAGUUUAAUCUUCCUUAAGUAUCUGCUUUACAAGAGAGUUUCCUGUACAAUGGAGUUUCAAUGCAUUUCACAUCUUCUGGCGGAAUACUUCAACACAUUCAGUAUCCUACAAAAGAAGGGAACUGUUGAAGGAGUCUCGCCAAUGGUAUCAGAAUGGGAUGAGUAUCGAUAUAUUAUUUUCUUGGCAUAUAGUUAGUGUCCAGCAAAUAUCAUAUUCGUUAUUUUUGCACUUUAGAAACUCGUUUCCUCCAAGUUGUGGUCUAGAUGCUUCUUGUUCGAAGGCCUGUGAGACUGUAGUCAAUUUCUUAGUGUUUCGGUUUUGAUUGAACCUGUACAUGAACUGUCAAUUUUUCUCGUGUAAGGUUUCUCAUGAAAUAACCCUGUUGACACAAUAACGCAGUUAUUUGCAUCGAUCUUUCCAAUCAUUGUAUGGCAAGAAGAAGCUCAAGGACCACGAGAUCUAAAAUAUGGUUCCCGA